UCUGCUGAAAGCAGUAUGGCAACUAGAUCCGGAGAUGAGAUUGAUCUUACUGAAAUAAUCUCAAAAGUUGCAGAGCUUAUCUCUGAGGAAUCCCCAAUAAUACAGGGAUUUGAAGAUCAAUUUGAAUCACUCGAGCCGGGUUUAAGAGCUUUACAGGUUAUACUAAAAGGAUCAGAAGCACAAAGAAGCUCAAACGACAGGGAGGUAAACUUAUUGAUGGGAAAGUUGAAAGAUGUUGCUUUUUCUGCAAAAACCCACAUUGAUAAUUUUAUCAAAAAACGAGAGGGCCAAAUAGAAAGAGUUAAGUUCAAGAGGUAUGUGUCAUUGUUGAGCAAUGCCAGGACUCAAAAGGAACUAAUUAAACUUUUAAAGCAAGUAGCAGUCCAGAUUUCUGAACUCAUUACACGAGCUAGAGAAUUAAACUUUACCGCAGUUGCAGACUCGUCCUUUGGGCUUGAGACAUGGAAUGGGAGCAGUGUAGUUGGCCGUGAUGAAAGUGCGCAAAUUUUGGAAGGUUAUCUUCUUUCUAAACAACGUAAUCGUGCUUCUACAAUUACAAUAUUGGGAGUGAAGGGCGUUGGCAAGACAACGCUUGCAUCCAUGGUCUAUAAUAAUGCCAUGAUAGCUAGUCAUUUUACUUGUCGUGCUUGGGUAACUGUACAACAGGAUUCAGAUCCUCGGGACAUUUUGCACAGCAUAGCCAAGCAAGUUAUACAGGGAUAUAACAAUGGAGAUCUGGUACAGAGUAUACUAUUGGCUUUGAGUAGCAGAGAGCGUUACCUAAUAGUGCUAGAUGAUGUCUCGAAACCUGAAGUCUGGAGACAGCUGCAAGAAGUGUUGCCAAUCACAUGUGCUGGUGCAGUUAUCAUUGUCACCCAAGAUAGAGAGACUGCCUUGGAGGCCAGCUCAAGAGGGCUAAUUCAUCAAGUGCAGUUGCUAACUCCAGAGGAAAGUUGGGAGCUAUUUUGUGCUAAACUUGGAGAUGUGCCUCAGGAGUUGAUGCAUCUGGGAAAGGCCAUAGUAGAAAGCUGCAAGGGCUUGCCACUGACAAUAUCAGAGACUGUGGGUAUUCUCUCUAGGGAAGCAAGAACUGUGGAUCGCUGGAAUUGGCUACUGCAAGAGCUCCAACAAAAAGGUUCUAUCAAACAUAUAGCUGCUGAUGCAUUACCACCUAAUCUUAAAAAAUGCCUGUAUUAUUUUCUGCUUUUUGAUGAGAAUUAUGAAAUUCCUGUUAGACGGCUGAUUGCACUUUGGCUUGCUGAGGGACUAGUGCAUCCCGAAGGGUUCAAUGAUGAGAUACCUCUGGAGGCUACAGCAAAUAAGUACCUAAUUGAUUUGGAAAAUCGAACAGUCAUACAGGUUCUAAGAAAGAAGACUAAUGGUGAUAUCAAGGCAUGUCGGCUGCAUCAUAUUAUCAGAGAUAUACUGCUACCAAAAGCCCAGGAAUCUCAUUUUUUUAAUGGUAGCAGCAGCAAUGUGAUCCACGUCUAUAGGCUCGCUCAUCUUCCAGAAGUAGAGGGUGCUACCUCUUCUGAGAGAGCAGCUGAACGGAAUCAACAAAGGGGUAAUUUACCAACUAGCUUUAAGCAUAUGCGUUCGUUCCUAUCCUUUGAUCCGAGAGAAGGGCGAGAGCCAGGAGAGCACAUCAGAGACUUUCUAAUAAAAGGCAUCAAGAUGGGAGGCUUUAAACGAUUGAGAGUAAUGGAUCUUGAAGGUGUUUUCCGUCCCAUUUUACCUGACUUUGUGCUUAAGGAACUUAGCCACCUUAGAUAUUUGGGGCUAAGGAGGACUUAUUCAGAUAUACUCCCGGCAUCAGUUGGCUGCUUGCAGAAGCUUCAGACACUGGACUUGAAACACACUAGCAUAAGCACAGUUCCACAUUCCAUCUGGAAGCUGAAAGAAUUGAGACACUUGUACCUCAGUCAGGACUACCGUACUAGGUUACCAUGUCCCUCUAGUGUGACGCCAAUCUCUUUAACUGAUCUACAAACAUUGUGGGGUGGGUACAUAGAUGAUCAGAGCCUAAUUAAAGAUGGCUUAGAUAGGCUAAAGAGUCUCAAAAAACUGUCAUUGACAUGUCAAAUGGAAGCUUCAAAACAGAAGGCCCUAGAAGAGUGGAUUGUUAACGUGCCUUGCCUUGAAUCCUUAAAAUUGAGGUCAAUUAAUCAAGUGGUCCAACCAUCUAGCCUCUAUUUUGAGCAUCUUUCAGGCCUUGCUAAUCUCAAAAGUCUUUACUUGUUUGGAAAGAUAGAGUCUACACACGUUAGUGUACUCUCCACACUUCCAAAAAGACUUUCACAGAUUACUCUGUCUCUGUCCAAGUUAGAACAAGACCCAAUGCCCAUAUUGGGGAAGCUUCAAGAGUUGAGAAUCCUUGAUUUGCUCUCUGAAUCUUAUACUGGAAAGACUAUGAUGUGCCCCGCUUCAAGCUUUCAACAACUUCGUUUCUUAAAGCUCUGGAAAUUGAAAGAACUGGAGGACUGGACUGUGGAUAAAGAGGCUAUGCCAGUAAUUGGAGCAAUUGAGAUCCGAUCUUGUCUGAAAUUGAAGACAUACCCUGUCAAAAUGAAGCAUCUAAUUUAUUUCCAGUGAACAUGAUAACUACUGUCAAGAAAUAACACUAAGGCUGGAAUUAUUGUCUACAGUACACUAUGGUACAGAAGUUCCUUGAGAUAAGGUACUGAAUACUGAUUGUUACUGACAGACUCAGAGAUGUCAUAAUUACACUACUGCUCUUUUAUUUAGCAUAAUGCUGUUUAGUUUCCUUUUUUUACAUUCAUUUUGUUGAGGCCUUAAGGCCUUGGAUCUUAAGGGAUGGAGGAGGAGGAUCUUUGUUGAUGAUUACACGGAAUAAUCAAAUUUGGUUCAUGUAGCCGACCCACUUAUGGGGAUUAAGGCUUAGAUUGAUUGAUUGAUUGAUUUUGUUGAGGCCUUAAAUUGUAGGGAGCUGAUACACAUAGACAAAGUCUAUGUGUAGCCCCACAUAGACAACUAAUAAUAUUGCGACACAUCAGCAUUGUAAAAAAUGGAAAGAAAGAGACUUGAGCGUGAGAAUAAGCGGUAAAAAGCGUGUAAGAGUCCCGCCUAAGGAGAGAGGAGCGGUAAAUGCGUUAUUGAAAUUAUCGCGCCAUAUUCAUAAAAAAAAAUACUUCUCCAAACUAGGUAAUUAAGUAGUUUUAGAAACCACUUGUAUAGCAAUGGCAAACGACAGUGAAGAAAUUCAUUGAUUUGAAGCUAAAGAUUUUAAUUUGAUAGCUGACAUUGUUGUUUAAAACCUUUUUUUGGCGACAUCAAAAGUAAGUUUUAAAAGUAAUUGGUCAAAUUGAAAUUUUAUAAACGAACUAAAUUUUUUUUCUUUUUUUACAUAGCUUACUGAGUAAAUUAGGGAAUAUGUUGUAUAACUUGUAUUUGAUGAAUUAGGUAUUUAUAAAGAAAUAUGACUGGUUUGAAGUUACUCAUUCUAUCCCUAUUUUUUUGCCCCAUUUGACUUUACACAGUCUCCAAAACUCGUCUUAAUACAAAUAAUACUAAAACAUCUAUUUUUUUUAUUUCGCCAACCAUCGUUUCAUACUCUAAACCACAUCACUCUCUAAUUACGCCGACCAUCGGCCCUUCCUUUCCUCUCAACCACCUUACUCACCUUAAAGCCACCGUCGUCGCCCCUCCAUGGUGUCUUCUCGCCAUAAAAAAAAAAUUUGAGGAUGCGGUCGCGAUUGCGGUAAUGGUCACGUUGUCGCGGGAACGGCUUAUAACGGACGAAUAUAACGGAUCGCGGCAAGCGCGGUGUGAAUUUUUCAAAUAAAUUCACAUUAAUGGAUUAAGUGGUGUUUAUAGCUUUUAAGUUAAAAAUGUAUUCUUUGAACAUAAAAUAACCAUAUAUAUCAA